AUGAAUGUAAUCAAUGGGGAAAAUAAUUUAAAUCAUUCUAUUAAUGUAUUACUCGACAGAUUUAAGGAGUUAUUCUCGGAGGGCCUGGGACGGUUCACGGGCGGUAAGGCUCAGCUGCGGGUGCGCGAGGGGGCGACGCCGGUAUUUUGCCGCGCGCGGCCCGUGCCGUACGCGCUGCGCGAGCGGGUAGAGGCGGAGCUGGCGGGCAUGCUGCGCGCGGGCGUCAUCGAGCCCGUUGACAGCGCGGACUGGGCUACCCCACUGGUACCGGUACGUAAGGCGGAUGGUGGACUCCGUAUAUGUGCUGAUUAUAAAGUUACUUUAAAUCCGUUUCUGUUGGUCGAUAAAUAUCCGUUACCGCGAAUUAAUGACUUGCUUGUGAAAUUAAAUGGUGCUAAAAUAUUUACGAAAAUUGAUCUUUCACAAGCCUAUAAUCAAAUAGAGUUACAUGACCCCGAUAAUUUGACAGUUAUUAACACUCACAAAGGACUUUUCAAGUACAAACGAUUAGUAUAUGGAUUGUCUUCGAGUCCUGGAAUAUUUCAGCGAAUUAUGACUAAUCUUUUGAACGAUAUUCCGGGAGUAGAAGUUUUUAUUGAUGAUAUAAUAAUCGGUUCUCCUGAUACUCGCGAACAUUUAAUAACUUUAAAACGUGUUUUAGAGCGGUUACGAAAUAACGGAAUGAAACUUAAAAAAAGUAAAUGCCUAUUUAUGACAAGUGAGGUUAAAUAUCUAGGUUUUAUUAUUUCAGCCGAGGGUAUUAAAGUGGAUCCGGAAAGGGUGGAGGGAAUAGUAAAUAUACCUCGCCCGGUUAAUAUUACGGACUUAAGGGCCUUUCUAGGCACUAUUAAUUUUUACGCAAAAUUUGUUAAAAAUUUAAGUACUAUAUUAGCACCACUGUACCACUUACUGAGAAAGGGAGUAAAUUGGAUAUGGAAUGAUGAGUGUGAAGUAGCAUUCCGGACAAUUAAGUCAAUUUUAGUUGGUGCGGAUGUUCUAGCGCACUACGAUCCGGAAGCGCCUUUGUUUUUAACGUGCGACGCGAGCGCGCGAGGUAUAGGCGGUGUGCUCACGCAAACUGACACGCGAGUCGCUCGCUCGGGCGAGUCGGCGCGGGAGCGGCCGGUCGUAUACGUAUCGCGAGCGUUAACGGCUGCCGAGAAACAUUACUCUCAAAUUGAACGUGAGGCUUUAGCAAUAGUAUUUUGCUUUGAAAAAUUGCAUCAGUACCUGUACGGCAGGCGCUUUACACUGCGUACCGACCAUAAACUUUUGGUAACUAUAUUUGGGCCGAAACAAGGAAUUCCGUCGAUGGCUGCAAGUCGGUUACAACGGUGGGCUAUUAAAUUAUCGGCAUAUACCUAUGAGAUUGAGUACGUUACAUCAAAACAAAACGGCGCUGAUGGUUUAUCUCGAUUGCCAGCAAGCUUUAAAAAUAAAAAUAUUUUUAAAAUUCCGGAACAAUCUCACUUACACUUUGCACAUAAUGCUUUAUUAUUAGAUUAUAAUGAAAUUAAAAAACAGACUUGCCGGGACCCACUACUGGGUCGUGUUCUCACUUAUAUUCGUGACGAGUGGCCUCCACAUAAUGAGAUGCUGCCUCUCAACCCUUACUUUAAUCGUAAAAAAGAGUUGUAUGAGGAGUUAGGUUGCGUGAUGUGGGGCCACAGAAUAGUGAUACCGGAAACCUGCAGGGACAAGGUUUUAACUGACUUGCAUGAGGCUCAUAUGGGGAUAGUUAAAACGAAAUCUUUUGCAAGGAGCUACGUAUGGUGGCCGGGCAUUGACGAAGCAAUCGAGAAAAUGUGCCGCCACUGUAGCGUGUGUGUCACGGAGAGUGAAGCGCCACCGCGGCAUAUGCCAUGCCCAUGGCCAUGGCCGAAUAAACCUUGGGCUCGCGUACACAUCGACUUCCUGGGUCCUCUUGCGGGUCGAAUGUAUUUAGUGUUGGUGGAUGCGAGAACUAAAUGGAUAGAAGUUUGUCAGGUACCUAGCACAGCAGCUAGUCACGCAAUUAAAAUAUUGAGUGGCAUUUUUGCUCGUUUCGGUUUGCCUAAACAAAUAGUAUCGGAUAACGGCCCACCUUUCUCUAGCAAUGAAUUUUCAACAUUUGUCAAUACGAAUGGCGAAACGCCAGCGUCACUUAUGUUCGGCCGCCGGUUACGUACUAAAUUUGACGCUAUGAGGCCUAAUAGGGAUCUUAAAGUCAGAAACACUCAAGAACAUCAACAAAGGUACACUACUAAUGAGUCGCGCCUAUUGUACCCAGGGGACGAUGUAUGGCUACGUCAAUAUAGGGGGAACGAUAAAUGGGUGUCGGGGAAGGUAGUGGAUAAGAUGGGGACCACAGAUUAUAGGGUGGUAGAUGCAGCAGGACGCGAAACGCACAGACAUAUUGACCAACUGAAACAGCGUAAACGGAGUUCACUAAUCUGUCCUUCUAGCCCAGCGAGUGUCGGCGGGGAGACGGGAGCGACAAGCACCGAGCCCGAAACGCAUGACACAAACAACCCCGGGGACGAUGCGCACGCAUUAGCCCACAGCCCGACUCGCGAACGUGAGAAAAUUGAGGAAUGCGUGGAAUCAAUCCCAACUAACACACAGCAACCCUCGCCUCCCAUUGAACCGCCUCGGUCUCGUCCCAUACGUAGAUGUAGGAUGAAAUAA